CGUCCAAAUUAAGAGGACCCCAAAAGGAAAAGUAGUCUCUUUUUGGUCUCUUAUACGCACCUCGAUCGGCUCUUUCAGAUUAAUUAGUGUGAAAGUAGAGAGAGAGAGAAAGAGAGAGAUAAUGGCACUUGAAGCAGUCGUUUUUCCACAAGACCCAUUCGCUUACAGUACUACUGGCUACAACUUCUUAGCUUCGGGAGGGAAUUGGAGCUAUGACUUUGUGCCACAAAAUGAAGAUGAACAACAAGCUGGCGCUUUUGACUCUCUCGAGAACCAAACGGAAAACUGCCUAUAUGGGGGUUACCACUCCUCAACUCCUUCAAUGCAGGUACCGGCGCAUGAUCUGAAUGAACUGCACAACUACGAUCCAUCGACCCUAGACGCCAACAAUGAUACUGUGCUAAUUGCUAACGAAACCCAUCAUGUUGAUCAUAUGUCAAUGACAACCAUGCCUACUCGUCCGAAGAGACGCCGGGCAAAGAGUAGAAAGAACAAAGAAGAAAUAGAGAACCAGAGAAUGACUCACAUUGCGGUCGAGCGAAAUCGAAGAAAGCAAAUGAAUGAGUAUCUCUCUAUGCUUCGUUCUUUGAUGCCAGACUCCUACAUCCAAAGGGGCGACCAAGCAUCUAUAAUAGGGGGUGCCAUUAAUUUUGUUAAGGAGCUUGAGCAACGCCUGCAAUUGCUCGGUGCUCAAAAAGAAAGUGAGGAAAAAUGCGACGCCGGUGAUGUAUCUUUGCCUUUCUCCGAGUUCUUCACCUUUCCACAGUACUCGACAAGUUCAAGUACUAAUUAUUACUGUGAUAAUUACUCGGUGGCGGCCAUGUCUGAGCAAGUAGGUGAGUCGACUCAGUCGGCCGCCAUUGCUGACAUAGAAGUUACCAUGGUGGAGAGUCAUGCAAACCUCAAAAUAAGAUCGAAAAGGCGGCCAAAGCAGCUCCUCAAGGUUGUCUCUGGGUUGCAUACUAUGCGCCUCACCGUGCUCCACCUCAAUGUCACAACCGCAGAUGAAGUUGUGCUUUAUUCUCUCAGUGUCAAGGUUGAAGAUGAUUGUAAGCUGAGUUCAGUGGAUGAGAUUGCAACAGCUGUGCAUCAGAUGCUAGGUAGGAUUCAAGAAGAUCAGGAAAUAUUGUUGAAUUAUUGAUCAAAACCUGUUUUUAUUUUAAUUUUUAGAUGAUAUUGGCUCGAUCGAUCUCUAUUUAAUUACCUCGAUCAUAGACCAGUACGUACGUUGUGAGCACAACGUACACUCUUGCUUUUAGGCUGGCUGUUUCAAAUUAUUGAAAUUUUAUGGUACUCCGAUUUGAUCGCUA